UCAUUUGCCUGAAAAAUAUAAAUAUUUGUAAAAGUUAAUUAUUGCACCCAUUUAAGAUCACAUUUUGAAGAAUACGACGUGCGCUUUACGUUUUCAUAGUUAUUGCAUCGUACCUCGCAUAGAUGACGUCACAUUGAACGUUUCAAACACGCGCGUUUCUUCGAAUAACGCGAAUUUCGAGCAUUUUUUAAUGUUUAUCACUAUUUUAUGACAACAGCGCACACGUUAACCAACUUGAUUCUUUAAAAAAAUGCAAUACAUUUUCGUUAUUUGUUCAUCGAUAUCUUUUUAUUUUUGGUUAACGAGUGCGCUGUAUGUGAAAAAUACAUGUAUUUUCUUCUUAAUCGACAUUUGAUUGAACAGUUAAUAAUUUAUCACCAUGAACGGUUGUUUCCUUGCAAUAUUGCGGAAGCAAUCAAGUUGCUUUUUUAACAUCUUAACUUAAAAAAAGGUAGUGUUUCGUAUAAUUCACGGGAGACCACUCCAUUAACUUAUUUAGGCCUAUGGGAAGUAAUCUUAUCAAGCGAGCGGGAUAAAUCUACAUGGAAGAUACAGCGUCUGCUUCGCAUCAUUUUAACUGAACAGUAAAAGUAAUUUAAACAAAAUAUGUGAGGUUAAGUUUCAUCAUCAUAUAUCAACAGACAGGAUGUCUAAAUCUUAUGCGUGUGCUAUAUGCACCAAACGUGUGGGCCCAAAAGAAAGGAGGAAAUUAAAAACAGAUGGCAAUAAACAACUUAUAAAGUACUUGAGAAAGCAUAUGCUAUUGACAGACGAAGUUACAGAGAAAGACGUUGUUCAUAAUUCUUGCCGUCUUAAGUAUACAGCAGAAUCGGCGGCGGCAAGAUUAAGUGCAUCCCCAAAGAAAAAUCCACAACAUGAACCGUCUGACAAGAAAUCGCCGUUUCAAUUAAACAUUAAAUCAGCUGGGUUCAGCCAUACUAUAUGUCCUAUAUGUAACAGGAAGGGCGCUCGGUCCGAAGGGUUUGUAACCAUACCGGGCGAGGCGAUAAUGCAACUGUUCAUCAACAAAAACAUUUUGUUGAAAAAAAAAUCGCGAUGUUGUAACACUCACAUGAGUGGGGGCAAGUUUACACCAGAGACCCUUUCUGCUGAUAUUCAAGGAAAAAUUAGAUCCACAACAUACAUGGAACCUGAACAGAUAAGCAGUUUAAUUAACUCGCUACGGCAAAGUGCGACACAACGUCAAAAAUCUUGCAUCGAUUUUGACGACCCAUCCACAAUGACGGAUGCUGAUUAUUGGAAUCUUACUGGGUUGACGAAAGACCAAUUCUCAACUCUUAUCGGUGAUGUAGACGACAUACGGACAACAAAGACCAGGUCCAUUCGAACAUGCAUCGCAUUGCUCCUAGUCAAACUAAGAACUAGUUUAGGGAAUGCGCUGCUCAGCACUUUGUUCAACAUGACGAUUGCGCAGAUUCGGCGUGCGUUGAAAUCGUCAAGAAAAUCUUUGUUGAAAUCGUUCGUGCCAAAGAAUAUGGGAUUUAAACAUGUUUCCAGAGAGGAGAUAAAAACGACCCAUACACGACCUCUAGCGCAAGAAUUGUUCGCUGCAUCUGACCAAAAUAAAUCAAUAAUUGUUUUAGAUGGAACAUAUAUAUAUAUACAAAAAAGUUCAAACUUUUCUUUCGCACGUCGGUCGUACUCCAUGCACAAGCAUAGGCCACUUGUCAAGCCAAUGAUUGUUGUGUCCACCACUGGCUACAUUAUAUCUAUUUUGGGACCGUACUUGGCGGAUAGCAAAAACUCAGAUGCAAAUAUACUGAAACACAUCAUCAAUCAAAAUACUGAGGAUUUUAAGAGCUGGAUUCAGGAAGGUGAUGUGGUCGUAGUUGACAGAGGUUUCCGAGAUGCGUCGACUGUUCUCGAAGAACUUGGUGUAACUAUGCAGAUGCCAUCUUUUAUGCGAAAGGGGUCUACACAGCACACAAGCGAAGAGUCUAACAAGUCGAGGCUUGUGACGAAGAUACGAUGGGUUGUCGAGUCAACCAAUGGCAGACUCAAGACAUGGACAUAUUUAGCUAGGACAAUGCCAAACACCCAAGUGCCAUUUGUUGGUGACUAUGUGCGAAUUGUUGGAGCAAUCUGCAACCGCUUCAGACCGGCUCUAAGUAGCGGGGACUCCGCUCAAGACAAAAUAGUUGCAGAGAGAAUGUUGUAUUUGUCAGGGCAGAACAACGAUUUACAACAAUUCAUCUCUGACAACGACAUAGAAAAAAUAACCAAGGCAUCGUGGAAACCGAUGGACGAACUAGACAUAAACUGUCAAAUAAUGACCGAGGAUGAACUUAGAUGUCUAAUCUUUGGUGUAUACACAGUUAAGCUGGCGGCUUCUUAUACACAAGAGCACAUGUCAAGUGACGGAAUAUACUCAAUUCACGGUUAUGUGCACAAUAGGAGUUUGCUGUGCUUGAAGUUCCAAAGUCGGCAUGUGUCCCGAAAGCAAUACCGGUCUUACAUACGUUUUAAGGAGGGGUCAGUCGACGCAUGGUUUUGCAGCUGCCCAGUGGGAGCACGUGUAGUUGGAACAUGUGCGCACGUUACAAGUGCGCUGUGGUACCUUUGUUUCAGGCGACACCAAACUGAUCAACCGUCAGAUGGUCCGAGAAAUUGGGCUGCAGACAUUUCAGAUGCUGCUAACGUGUCAUAUUAAAUAUUAAGACGCGCUCUGAGACAUAGACAAAACAAGUCUUAAAAAUGUGUGUUCAUUUACAUCUAAUAAAGACAAAACAAGUCUUAAAAAUGUGUGUUCAUUUACAUCUGAUAAAGACAAAACAAGUCUAUAAAAUGUGUGUUCAUUUACAUCUGAUUAAGACAAAACAAGUCUAUAAAAUGUGUGUUCAUUUACAUCUGAUUAAGACAAAACAAGUCUAUAAAAUGUGUGCUGAAUGAUUUCUCUGAGAAAAAGGGGUUAAAUGCAUUAAUAGGCGUCAAGUGCGCAGUAGAGGGCGUUGUGUUUCUGACAAACACAUCUCUUGUUUAAAGAUGUGAAUGUAAGCAAUAUUACAAUUUGCAACAUUGAAAAUAUUUUAUACUGAUUGUUGAAAGUCGUGUAACUGACAUGUUUAUAAAAUUGACUGGUUUUAUUUUUUUGUUUUUUUGGUGACAAAUAUCAAUGGGCAGAAUAAUGUGUGGAUGGCAUGAUAGAAAAAAAUGUCAUUAUUGGAAGAAUGUGAACAUUUACCAGAUGAAAAUCGUUAGUAUAACAACGAUUGUAUAAACAUAAGCUUCAUACUAUCGCUAUAUUUAAAUCAGAUUUGGGUUUUUCCAAAAAUUGGAGAAUGUGAUUUGUCAACUACGGAAAAACUAAAACGUCAAAAAAGCCAUAUUUGACAAUUAUUAAUGGAAAAUUGUGAGGAAAUAAUAGGAUAAAUAGAAUAUUAUGUUAUUUUUGGAUAAAUAUCAAGUUUAUCAUGCUCGGCACGAACUAUGUUAGCGCUCGGCAUGCCUCGCGCUACAUCGGUUCUAAGCCUCGCAUGAUAAACUUGAUAUUUAUCCAAAACUCACAUAAUAUUCUCUAUAUGUACAAGGUUACGCGAUCAGGAUGUGCAUACGGAAUAUGUUAUUACAAUAGGUCAUGAUAUUACACCGUAUUUGUUGUUGUUUUAUUAAUAUUUUCGUUGUUACUUAUAAGAAUGUUCUAGUUUUAUUAUGAUGAUGCGAUUUAAAAAAAUGUUAUAAACAAUGUGUGAUUAUUUUGCGUAAAACAUUUAGCGAUAUGAAGAAAUAAUAAUAUCAUAUGACAUGUAAUAUGUUACUUUGAUUUAUGAACAUGAAUUAAAUCAUUUCUCACAUUGUG